CUCAACCAAGUUGUUUGAAGAGCAAUAGCGAUCUAUCGAAGCAUUUCGUAAGUUAUUUCAAGUUCAAUUUUCUGACUGCGCUCGAGAAAUACAAGCCUAGUGAAGUAUGGAGUUUUAUAUGAUGCCGGUUAUUUCCUACGCCCAGCCGACAUGCAUCAGCCGUCUUAGAAAUAUAGCAUGCAGAAAAGAAUUUAAGUUAUGUGAAUGGAUGAAAAAAGUGCCAAUUACUCGUCUCAAGCAGCGUCUUGAACAUACAUAUAUACUCAAUCAAAGAUGUAACUGCUGCGGAGAGUCGCCCCUGCAUGUGGCCGUUAGGCUCGACUCUGUAGAGAUCUUGAAUUUGCUGGCCAUCAACAAAGCCAGAUUCAAUAAAGUUAAUAACUGUGGAGAGACAGCCCUCCACGUCGCAUGCAAUAUUAAUAACGAGAAUAUGGCGGCUCGUCUCCUGGACCUCCGCGCAAGCCCAUACAGAGCAAAUCACAACGGCGAAACGUGUAUGGAAGUCUGCUUGAGAAAAGGCCACAUCGAAGUGGCAGAGACGAUUCUGAGAAAAACCAAGGCCGAUCUGAUGUUCCGUGAUCCUGAGGAUUAUUUACUCAUGGCCACACGUGCUGGAUCCAAGGACUUCGUAGGGCUUUUCCUGGAUUUUAAAGCAAACAUCGACGCAGUGGAUCCAAAAGGAAACAACGCCAUUUCGCUGGCAGUCGAGCUGGGCUACGAGGACGUCUUGGACUGCCUCCUGAAGCGUGGCGCCGACACCACGCGCACCUACACAGGUCAAAAUAACACGUUACUGCACAUUGCCUGCAAGCAGGGUCGCCAAGACAUCGUAAAGAAGCUACUACUAGCUGGAGCACCGGUUAACCAGCUGAACACUAAGCAUGAAACCCCACUACACGUGGCAGUAAAGCACUCGUCACUCUGCAUCAUCCACAUGCUGCUGACAUCCGGGUCGAAUCUCGAGGCUAGGGACCUUUUGCAACUCACACCUCUGCAUAACGCAAUAAUGCUCAACAAGACAAUGACGGCUAAAUAUCUGCUCAGUCACGGAGCCAGUACGACAGCAGCCGUAACGCCACUCAUAAAAGCGAUGGAGGAAAAGUACUUUGAGAUGGUCAAGCUGAUCGUCUGCAGCGGCAUCGGUCACCUCGAGCAGAAGGACGCCUUAGGUCGGACUAUCUUCGACGCGGCGGUCAAAUACGGAAACGCGGAUCUUAUAAAUUUUUUGUCCAAAGUAGCAACAGAAGCAGGAAUCAGUGCGUGUAAGCGUUUUGAAAAAUAGUUCGUAAUUGUAGCUUGUUAUUUUUAUUGAUACUGAUUUCUGAGCUUCUGCGAGCUCUUGUACGACGACACGGGAUAUCAACGGAGGUAUCCUACGACUUGUGAAUAUUUAAUGUAAAUAAGUGUGAUCCGCGUUUUCGUUUUGUAAUUUUGAUAAUUUAAG